CUCUAUAUCAACCACUCCAACAGACUGUUCUUUCAGUCCUACAUAUCCUCAACUUUCGUAGCCUCUCUACGUUCUUGUUACUUCAGUCAUCAUGCGUGAGAUUGUUCACCUCCAGACCGGACAAUGCGGUAACCAAAUCGGUGCUGCCUUCUGGCAAACCAUCUCUGGAGAGCACGGCUUGGACGGCUCUGGUGUCUACAAUGGUACCUCCGACCUCCAGCUCGAGCGUAUGAACGUCUACUUCAACGAGGCCUCUGGCAACAAGUACGUUCCCCGUGCCGUCCUCGUCGAUUUGGAGCCCGGAACCAUGGACGCCGUCCGUGCUGGACCUUUCGGACAGCUCUUCCGCCCUGACAACUUCGUCUUUGGCCAGUCUGGUGCUGGUAACAACUGGGCUAAGGGACAUUACACUGAGGGUGCCGAGCUCGUCGAUCAGGUCCUCGACGUUGUCCGUCGUGAGGCCGAGGGCUGCGACUGCCUCCAGGGUUUCCAGAUCACCCACUCCCUCGGUGGUGGAACUGGUGCCGGUAUGGGUACGCUCUUGAUCUCCAAGAUCCGUGAGGAGUUCCCCGACCGCAUGAUGGCCACUUUCUCCGUUGUUCCUUCCCCCAAGGUCUCGGACACCGUCGUUGAGCCCUACAACGCCACUCUCUCCGUCCAUCAGCUCGUUGAGAACUCUGAUGAGACCUUCUGCAUUGACAACGAGGCUCUCUACGACAUCUGCAUGAGGACUCUCAAGCUCAGCAACCCCUCCUAUGGCGACUUGAACCACCUCGUCUCCGCCGUCAUGUCUGGCGUCUCCACCUCUCUCCGUUUCCCUGGUCAGCUCAACUCUGAUCUUCGCAAGCUCGCUGUCAACAUGGUGCCCUUCCCUCGUCUCCAUUUCUUCAUGGUCGGUUUCGCUCCUCUGACCAGCCGUGGUGCCCACUCCUUCCGCGCCGUCAGCGUCCCCGAGUUGACCCAGCAGAUGUUCGACCCCAAGAACAUGAUGGCUGCUUCUGACUUCCGUAACGGACGUUACCUCACCUGCUCUGCCAUCUUCCGUGGUAAGGUCUCCAUGAAGGAGGUCGAGGACCAGAUGCGCAACGUCCAGAACAAGAACUCCUCCUACUUCGUUGAGUGGAUCCCCAACAACGUCCAGACCGCCCUCUGCUCCAUCCCCCCUCGCGGUCUCAAGAUGUCCUCCACCUUCGUCGGAAACUCUACCUCCAUCCAGGAGCUCUUCAAGCGUGUCGGUGACCAGUUCUCUGCUAUGUUCAGGCGCAAGGCUUUCUUGCAUUGGUACACUGGUGAGGGUAUGGACGAGAUGGAGUUCACUGAGGCUGAGAGCAACAUGAACGAUUUGGUCUCCGAGUACCAGCAGUACCAGGAGGCUUCCGUCUCCGAGGGUGAGGAGGAGUACGAUGAGGAGGCUCCUCUUGAGGAUGAGCAGUAGAUCAUUACCUGAUCGCAUGAUACCAUACCCAAGUUGUCUUUUGGCGCGGCAGAAAAUUAGCGACAGGUGCUUGUGGUUAUUAAGAAAAUCAACUUCGCUUUAGGCUAUCUUGGUUGUAUCAGAAUUGAGGAAUGAGUACGUGUGACGGGUGCGUGUCCCCACUGUGCGCUCGACCUGAACACAUUCUGCGAUGGGAUACGUCAAGUCUUGUCUGGAGUGUAGAUUCGAACCUUUGAUAAUAAUAAGACCUUCUAAUUCUUUCA